GAGCACCUUUGGCAACUCCCCGCACGGGGGGGCGCGGCGCGGCGCGCGGAGCAUCCGGCAGACCGGGAACGCGCCUCGCGCGCAUCUGCGAGGGCGCCCGGUCCAUCUAUCGGUGGAUUCUUCACAUGCUGUGCUUCUCUUGUCGCCCCCCACCCCGCAAAGGCGGCGGGGGCUGGCGGAUUUUGGACCUGCAUCGGUGUGGCGUUCAUGCGUUGA